GAAGUCGUAAGGAUGCUGGAUUCACUGAGACAAGGUGGGGUCAUAGUCGUGACGUACUUGGUUGUAUAAUAAUGAUGAUGAUCAUCGUCAUACACUCACUGCACAUUCACAGCUUGACCUGCCUUUUAUAUAUCGAGACGUAAGCUUCCGGCUUUGUUGAGGCAGUUUGAUAGAUAAUAUGAUUGGGUACAUCACGAAACGAGCCAAACUGUAGAGUAUGUUCACCAAUUGUUCACGAUGCUGUCUCGCUCAGUUCGUCUAAGUCAACGCGCCCUUUCAGGCAGGGCCCAGACACUAGCUCCCAUCGCCCAGCGUCAUUACGCCGAAUCGCAUUUUCCGGGUGCCAAAGUAGAGUCACUUGGGCACAGCCAGAUAUGGAAAGUAAGUGAAGCGAUUAAGGAAGACCAUAAGCAAUUGAAGGACUACUACCACCGCGCUGUCAACUCGAAAGAUCCAGAUGAGCAGGAACGCUACGGCAAUGCUUUUAUAUGGGAAUUGGCGCGCCACUCUAUCGCAGAGGAGCUUGUAGUAUACCCGGCAUUUGAGCGAGACGUACAGGAUGGCCAGAACAUCGCCGACAACGACAGGGACCAGCAUCAAACUAUUAAGGAGCAACUCUAUGAGUUCCAGAAGCUCAAACCUCGAGAUGAAGCAUAUGUUCCCACCCUGCAAUCGCUCUUCAAAAAUCUGGAGACUCACAUAAAGGAAGAAGAGGAAGACCAUCUCGUCAAGCUGGAGAAUAGUCUUAGCUUGACGGAGUCGAAGGAGCUAAGCCAGAGCUUUGAACGGACUAAGAUGUUCACUCCGACGCGGUCGCACCCUUCAGCCCCCAACAAGCGCCCUUUCGAGACCGUUGUCGGCCUCAUGACGGCGCCUGUUGACAAGCUUAGGGAUCUUCUCUUCACCAAAUUUCCAGAGAAGAAAAUGCCCGACAUAGGACAUAUGGAACAUGGAGUAGGAAAAUCAGACCGGUGAUCGAGUCUCGCUCAUGUCAAUGGGCUUGUAUGUUGGAUGACGGAAAUGAAGAUAUGUGUUGAAGUACGUGCCAGAGCUCAAUGAAUAGAGAUAAUAACAUCGUUACGAUAAUAUAUAUUCAUUGGGGACUGUCGCGUCCAACUGCUUGAUUAGCUGAGGUACUGGUUGCUGUGAGGGAGCCAAAAACGCUCAAUAAAGUACAUAGUAGGCGAAGCUACCAAAAGAAGCUAAGUCUAACGACAGUAACACGGAAAGGGUCAAAGAUACUACUGAAGGACCAAGGCCAAGC